AUGGGGAGAAAGCUGACCGAAGAAGAACGACAGAAACGUCGGACUGCGAGGGCGUUUAACGAUGACAAGACCGCGAUCAGUAGCGAUCCGGCGCACCGCAAGCCAGAGGAGGGGACGGCUCGCCGGUAUAAAAGACAGUGGGAGGAGUGGUUGACCUACUGCCGGACCCAUCCUGGCACCAAGGUCGAAGAUCUGAACGACCACCAGACGGCCAAACAUUAUAUUGAAUGGGUCGCGAAGGGGAUCCAACCGCAAUGCCCAGAGGAUGAUGACCCCUCGGUCGGCUCCGUGAUGCUGGCCUGGAAGGACACCUCGGCCAUGUAUCUACGCGAGAAACACACGCGGCUCCAGGCAGGGAUGACCAAAUCGAUCUUGAACUAUAUCCAGGACAUCCUGGUCGACAAAGUGCCGCUCAGGACAACUCGCCGCCAACGGAAAUAUCUAACCACAGAGCAUUUCAAGGUCCUGCUGUCGCAGCUGUGGGGGAAGGACUGGUACGAGUUUGAGUAUCCAAUCUACCGGCACUACCUGUCAGCGUUGCUCAAGCUCCUCAUGUUCUCAUCGGGACGGAUCGGGGAGUACGUGGAAUCGAAUUCACGGAGAGCCUCGGGGCGGGGCAUGUACCGCGCGGAUAUCUUGUUCCUGGUGGCCCAGAACGGGAAAGGGCGGCCUGAGAUUUUCUCUCGAGCGAAGCGGGAUCCCAAGGGCCAGACCAGGCAGAAACACAGACACCCGCGCUGCGCGGUCUAUGAAGAUAUUGGCGAGAUGCCCCUCUACCUCAACCCGGUGAUGGACCUGGUCAUCAUCGCUCUGGCUCAGGACGCAUUCCGGGACUUCACCUCCGUGGACGAGAUCUUCGCACUGCGUCCGAACGAGGGCCUCCCCUACCAGCUGGCGCUGACGGAGCCCAAUCGACCGUUUUUCGAGAAGAUGUCGCGGGGCGGCCCAACCGGAGAGAUCCUGACGGCCGACUGGCUCUUCACCGAGCUCAAGAAACUGUGCUCUCGUGCCGGCUAUCCGAGGCACUUCACCGGCCAUGAUAUCCGGGCGGAGGCGCUGGUCAAGGCGGACCAGCACGGCUAUUCCGUCGAUGAACGGAUGACGUUUGCGGCACACACCAAUCCACGGACGUUCUUCGAGAGUUAUGCCUCCCCGACCAGCACCGUGGACGGGGUUCAAAAUAUCUUCGAGAACCUGACUCGCCGCACCGACCACCUGGAUAUCUUCCGCGGCUGGUCGCUGCCGCGGCAUCCGCGACUGUGGCAGGCCCUGCCGGCCAAAUUGCAGUUUGACCUGGCAUACUCGCCGGAAGCGUUGGCCAUCGACAACGAGCUUGCCGCGCUGGGCGAGCUCAUCAGGAAGACGGCGCCUUGGACCCAGUGCUCGGAGUACAAAACACGCCGUCAGAACAUGUACCGGAAACGCCACCAACUCGUGAUAACCACCCUGAAGACAUGGCAGGCUUCCCUGCUUGACGCCGUCCCGGGCCGGGAGCUAGAAGGCGCAUCGGCCGAUCAUCAUUGGACCGUCUUUGACCGCAGCAGCCACCUCGUUCCCGAGCGGCGACGACUGUCGUCUUCGUUGUUCCUCGAGGUCGCUCCUCGGACGCCCGAGGCGCGGACGGCGUGGCAGGAUAUGGAGGCACUGGCGAGGCGGAGGACCCCGGUGGUCGACAUUCCCGGUCUGGAGGCACGCGGCAACUGCUGCCCUGUCACAGCGUGUGCUAAGCCGUUGGAAAAGAUGUCAACGCGUGAGCGCUGGAGGCACGUCUUUGGCUGUGGUCGGAAAGACCGGCAGCGGCGACACGGCUUCGCCCAGUUCUGCUGGCUCGGCUGUGCCCGGUGGUUCACCGCCGAGGCCGACUGGGAGGAGCACUGCCAGGGGCAUCUCGACGCCGACGACUGGCCGGUCCAGUGGGGUCUCUUGAUCUUCGAAAAGAGCCUCGCUGUCCCAGGAACCUGCCCCUGGUGCCGUCUCGACACGACGAAGUCGGCCGCCACGCGAUUGCGGCAGUUCUGGGACCAGAAGGACUUCAGCAGCCAUAUCGAGGCGCACCUGGUAGAGUAUCAGGCGAGCGCGUGCAUCCGAUGCCCGGCGCACGAGACCUGGCACUGCGCCUCCUCCACGUUCACCUCCGUUCUGGAUCUCCGAUGUCAUCUGCAGGAUACACACUGCCAUCUCAUGACCGGACGACGGACGCGUGCUGCGGGCCUGGCGGACGAGGGACCGGCCCGUCUAACGGGGAAAGGCCGGAAACGCAAGUUCUCGGUAUCGACCCCGGAGUCGUUCUCCGACACAACGACGGCUGGCCCGAGGAAACCAGGCCGUCCUCACAAACGACGCACGUUGAAUGUUUCUAUAGCUAAGCCGGUGCCUUCGACUCCCGCAGAGACUGCCUGCCGGUCGUCGGUCGACCCUCCUUCCCCUCACAACGUGUCUUUCCGAACCCAAGAUCAGGACGUGCGGUGUCCUGUCUGUGGUGAUGCUGUUGACGCGGGCUUCUGGAAAGCUCUUGAGUUUGAUGUAGCGGCAGCCCCGGUGCGGAAACAGCUCGAAUCGUGCGCUGCUCAUCGUCGAACCGCGGCGCAACGCGAAUGGCUUGCAAAAGGCUUACCCAUUAUUGAUUGGAAGGAUCUGGACGCUCGACUGGCACGGUUCCAUUUCCAGGUCUAUCAGAUCCUGGAGUCUGGGAACCUCGCACGGUUUGCGGACGCGACGGAGCGCGAGACCCCGCAAGAGGCAUGGCAAUUGACUGCCCAAUGCCGUCUUAGCCAUGCUGGCUAUUAUGGCCCCCGUGGCGUGGAAUUACUGUUGGAUCACGUUAUGAGCCGGUUCCGAAAGACGAUAAGCGACAGUGCCGCGGCAGCCCGCUUGGGGACAGGUAUAAGCCCUUUGAUCGUGGCGCAGGUGGCUCUCCUCCCUGAGCUGCUCUCUCUGCUCGUGCAGGAAGAUUUGUUGGUCGACGAGGAAGAGGCUCGUCGGAUCCUGGAGGAAACCGCAGAGAUGGGCCGACUCCUCAACCCUUCAGAUUAA